GGGGCAGUGGCGGCAGCGGCGGCGGCGCGAGGUUCCUGGAGCACCAUGGCCCGUCCACCCUGGGGCCUGAAGUGAGGGUCCGGGCGGCUGCGCCCACGCACGCAGGAUGGCGAAAGCACGACUGGUCCGGCUCUGGCUGGCCCUGGGCUCCGUCUUCAUGAUCCUGCUGAUCAUCGUGUACUGGGACAACGUGGGCACUGCCCACUUCUACCUGCACACUGCGCUCUCCAGGCCGCGGGGCCCCAAGCCCCCACCCACGGCCGGGCCAGAGCGGGCCCAGGGUCUCCCAGCCGAUGACGCAGACGCCUUCCUGGACGUGCUGCCCGGCUCAGGCCAGGCACAGAGCAACCCCGUGGCCGGCAAAAAGAGCCGGCCGCUGCCACCCGCCUCCCAUGGGCCCCCUCUGAGCAACAUGGAGGAGAGGGUGAGGGGCUAUGACUGGACGUCCCACGUGGCAGCCACUGAGCAGAGCCAGGCCCAGGCCGCGCGGCAGGCCCAUCGGCAGCGGCUGCUCAGGGACCUGUGCGCCAACUCGAGCUUUGUCUUCCCCACCAAGGAGCGCGCCUUCGACGACAUCCCCAACUACGAGCUGAACCACCUCAUCGUGGACGACCGCCACGGCGUCAUCUACUGCUACGUGCCCAAGGUGGCCUGCACCAACUGGAAGCGCGUGAUGAUCGUGCUGAGCGAGAGCCUGCUGGACGGCGGCCGGCCCUACCGCGAGCCGCUGGCCAUCCCCCGUGAGCACGUGCACAACUCCAGCACCCACCUCACCUUCAACAAGUUCUGGCGCCGCUACGGCAGGUUCUCGCGGCACCUCAUGAAGGUCAAGCUCAAGAAGUACACCAAGUUCCUGUUCGUGCGCGACCCCUUCGUGCGCCUCAUCUCCGCCUUCCGCAGCAAGUUCGAGCUGCAGAACGAGGAGUUCUACCGCCGCUUCGCCGCGCCCAUGCUCCGCAUGUACUCCAACCUCACCAGCCUGCCCACCUCCGCCAGCGCCGCCUUCCGCGCCGGCCUCAAGGUCUCCUUCGCCCACUUCAUCCAGUACCUGCUGGACCCGCACACCGAGCGCCUGGCGCCCUUCAACGAGCACUGGCGCCAGGUGUACCGGCUCUGUCACCCCUGCCAGAUCGAGUACGACUUCGUGGGCAAGCUGGAGACGCUGGACGCUGACGCCGCCCAGCUGCUGCGGCUGCUGCAGGUGGACCAGCGCCUGCACUUCCCGCCCAGCUACCGCAACCGCACCGCCCGCAGCUGGGAGCAGGGCUGGUUCGCCAGCAUCCCGCUGGCCUGGCGGCAGCAGCUGUACAAGCUCUACGAGGCCGACUUCGUUCUUUUUGGCUACCCCAAGCCGGAGAGCCUGCUGCAGAACUAGGGGCCUGGACCCCCAAACAGGGCCAGAGAGCUUGCUGUCAGACCAGAGGACUCUGGGGCUGCCCCUGGACCCCCAAACAGCCAGUGAGCCUGCUGCUGGACCAGGAGGCUCAGGGACUAGCCCUGAACCCCCAAACAAGGCCCAAGUGCCUGCUGCAGAACUAGGGGGCUUAGGGAACUGCCCUGAACUCCCAAACAUGACCAGAGAAGCUUCUGCAGGAGAGGGAGCUUAGGGACUGCCCCUGGGCCCCCAAACAUGGCCAGAGAUACUGCUCCAGGGCCAGGGGGUGUGACUGGGGGCACUUGUAUCAACAGCAUGGGUGGUGCAGCCAGUUAAGCACUCAGCCUCCAACUGGAAGUGGACAGCUCCAGCCCACGCAGAGGCCCCGGAAGAGAGGCCCAGGGUUCUGCUUCUGAAAGGUGGUCACAGCCCCACCCCGGGGCUCCCUCCAUGCAGCCUGCCGGCCGUACCUGCUGUCAAGUGUUAUUGUGAUGUAGGACAGGCUGAAGGGUCUGUGGAGCCCGGGACAGGCCCUCCCGCCUCUCGCCCAGCCCUGGGUGGCCCGCUGGGAGUGCCAGCAGAGCAGCCCCACGCCCGCCUCUUGAGCACGGCCGGUUUCAUCACCCUGACUUCCUGAGGCUGCCCGGGCUGCUCCCUCUGGCACUGUCUGCGAACCGCCUUUCCAAGAUUAAUAUAUUUCAGAUAUUUAAUAUGCCGCCAGGAGAAGUAAAACGUGCUCUGCCACCAGCCCUCCUGGUUCUUAGCAGCAGCGCAUGGGCUAUGGGGUCCCAGAUAGACCCCCACCCACCUCCGUGACAAGGACAGGUGCCGUCCGAGCUGUUCUCAGAAGAGAGGAACCCACAUUUCAACUCGGGCUGGCCUUUUUGUUAAACAGUGCGAUUGGCUUAUCGUUCUCAUACAAUUCCGUAGUCCGGUCACACGGGGACUUGUACCAUCAUCAUCAUGACCCCUUUUAGAGCA